AUGCUUCCAACACCUUCGCAUGUUGCAUCAAAUCCAUCAAUACUCUACUAUCUUCUUUCAACUUAUCUUUCACCUACUUCAACUUCUUUACUUUCCGCGAACCUCCCUUUUGUUCUCAAAUCGAUCACACUUCAUCAAUUGCUCAAACAACCAUCGUCGCACCCGUAUCUUCAUAAAUGGAUCACAAGAAUAAAUUCUUUGACGCAAUCAAAGAUUGCGGAAGAACGUUUUGCUGGCGUGUGUUGCAUGAGACUUACAAUCGAGCAGGUGGAUGACGUUAUUGGAGAGUGGGGUGUUAAAUGGGCAGGAUGGUUGGUCGGCCUUUUAGUGCGACCCGAGUCAUCAACAACCUUGGAAACUGUUAUCUCGACGUUGUCGGAAUUAUUUGACAAGACAAUCGAUAAACCACAACUACAACGAGAAAUCACUGCGCAAUUGAUUCCUAAAUUCAAUUCGUGUUUGAUAAAUCUGUCGGGCAAUAAAAAAUUACUGCGAGUGAUUCUAAAAGCUCUUACUCGCUCAGCCUACUCUUUUCCCACACUGUUCCGCCCGGUUUUCUCACACGCCCAAGCGCUUUGCAUCUCUCUGCUGGAUGGAACGUACUAUUCUUCAUCACAGAUACCAUCUUUUGCAGCUGAAUGUUUUGCCAGUGUGAUUAUGGUUGGAGGGAGGGUCGGUUCAGCAGAGAGAUGGAGAGAGACCAUGGAAAGAGCAAUUGGAUGUGGAAACAGCAUCUUGGAUAGGCUAUUGGAAAGUGUGGACGAAGAAAAGGACGAAAAGAGGAAAGCGGUUCUUGUAUUUGAUAUGCCGACAGUGGAUGACGAUUAUGUUACCGGUUUUCCAGUUUUAAUCAGAAGAUUUGAGGCGUUUUGUGAAUGUAUUGUGAGCCUAUUAAGAAUUAAGGCAUCAGUACCUUUGAAAGUGCCUGUCAACCAGAUUAUUGAUCUUAUUACAAGAGUUUACAGUGUCAACAGUAAUUCAAUUUUGGCUGAGAAUGCAGAUAAGAAUGAAUUUACAACGAUAAUGGCUGGAAUAGCGUCUCUGCAUUUUGCUAUCAAUAAAUUGCUUUCAGGAUUGAUUCUUUGGAGACAGCCUUUUAAAAUAUUUGAGGCUGCUUUCCCAAAUUUUUCCAAGUAUUUUGAAUCAAUACAAACAUCAUGGGCUUCUCAAAAGCUCUACGUACAAUCUUUUCAAUCUCUGUUUACAAAAAUAUGGGAUAGGUUUUGGGAAUUUAAUUUCUUCACCCCUUCUGUCAGCAAUAUUGUCGGAUAUAGAGGACACCCCGAAGGUAAAGGAGACUGUCGGCAGUAUGUCAACAAGCGCAAAGGAAAAGAGAAGGAUAACGUUUCUACGUCAGAUUCUCUAGUAAACCCACCUGUAAUUAACAGUCAUUUUGAUGUAGACAUCAAACAUGCUGCGUUAAAAGUGUUGAAAACAUUCUUAAUAGUCAGCAGUCACUCUCUGCCUGCAACCGUUCGUAGAACGGUCGAUAACGUUAUACUCUCUCAAAUUUUAAACCUGGGAGGCAUGGUUGACAAGAAGUCUGCAGGGUUUGAUGAAAACAUAGAGCUGGCUUUGUACGAUUGUUUAUUGUCUUCUGUGAUAGCUCCGUCUGAUAUUCAAGCCAAUGUGAUGCCAAUGGCUUUGAAGGUGUUUCAGAAUGGAUUAAAUUCAAGGAUAAAUCAGGUUCAAGCAUUUUGCAUCCAAGCUCUAUCAAUUUGUGAUCUGGUAUAUCAUUCCCGUCUUCCUCCACUUCAACACACGUCUGAUAUUUCCACUUCAUCCUUUCCACCGCCUCGUGACAAUCACCAAAAGCAACCUGUUGUUGAGACCACGUAUACAAAGGAGCCUGACGAUAUGGUAAAAAGAGAUUUAUUGAAUACAGAUGAAGAAUUACCUGACAGUACGGUAGAAAGAGAUUUAUCUGAUACAGACGAAGAAUUGCCUGACAUUGUUUUAAGUUCGGAUACUGGUGAGGAUGAUGGAUGA